CCCUCCCAAAAUCAAUUCCAUCUUCACUCUUAGUAUUUUCCUUUUGCCCUCUCUAAGCAGUGUGUGCUGACCUUCAAUCUUCUUUACAAGAUUGAAUCACAAACUACCAACACGAAUUCAUUCAAAUUCAAGAUCGUAGAUGGAUCAGACAUGGCGUCCUCAUCUUCCACCACCACCAAUUCAAGGUAGAAUCUGUCCUCCUCUACCACCACCACCCCCUUUCCCUUCUUCAAACCCUAGUUAUCAAUAUCCCCCUCCACUUCCUCCCCACGUGGCAGCACCUUACGACCCCUUCAUCGAUCAUCGCGGUGGGCCCCCUAUACCCCCACCUAGUCGUCCCACCUAUGGAAACCCUAGUUAUGAUUGUGGUGAUGUUGCUGUAAAUAUCCAUCAUCGUAGUGGGCCCCCUGCUCAUCAUGCCACCGUUGAUAGCUAUGAACAUCACCCACGGCCCUCUGAUGCGUAUGGAAAUCAUCCACUAAACCCUAGUUAUGAUUGUGGUAAUGUUGCUGUAAAUAUCCAUCAUCACCCUAUGCCGCCUCCUCCUCAUCCACGGCCCUCAUUUGGAAAUCUAAACCCUAGUUAUGAUCCAUUUAAUGUUGGAGUAAAGACCGAUCAUCGCGGUCAUUGCCCUACAAUUGAUGGCUACGAACAUAAUCCACGCCCUUCGGAUGCAUAUGGGAAUGUAAACCCUAGUUAUGAUUAUGGUAAUGCUAAUGUUGGAGUUAAGAGAAUGAGAGUUGAUGAUUCAACUGGUCAAUUUAUGAGCGAAAAGUUGACGAAUUUAGCUAGGUUUCCAGAUGAUAAUGAAAGGAGAUUGAAACUGAUUAACGAAUUUGGUGGGGCGGAUCACGAAUUAGACAAGGGGAAUGGUAGUUUUGAUGCUGGAGAAUAUGGGAAAUUUGAUGGAUUUCUAGGUGGUAAAAGUAGCAAUAGCAGUUUUGUUGAUCCAGGUUAUCGUAAUUUGGAUAAAAAUCAAAGAUUUCAUGAUCAAGAACGUUUCGAUCCGAUGAGGGAAGGGAAUAAUGGACAGUUUGGACAAUUAGGAUAUGAUGAUGUUGACAAUAAUCUGCCCCGGAAAAAUGGUUACAAGUACGGUGAUAGUUACCACAAUGUAGAGCACGAUCAACAGAAUUAUCAAGGAUCAAGGUACAGCUCAAAACUUGGAGAUGGGUAUCUUCCAAGACAUGGAGUUUCAGGGUUGAAUAAACUGUACCAUGAACAGACAAGCUGUUUGCCUAUGGAUGGUCGCGGUUACAACCAUCAUUCGGAGGCUUAUGCAAUGCAGAAUCAUAUGGAGUCGAAAUCAAAUCACUAUGGUUCACCAUACGACCAUAAGGUUAAUUCAGCGGACCGUAGUGGGAUGAGCUUGUAUUCGGCACAUGGUGGUAAGGCAUUUGCUAACCAGCCGCCACUUCCAGCUUCUCCACCACCUCCACUUCCAAUGGAACCCCCUUUGCGUGAGCGUCUUGUCUCAUCUUCACCACCUGGAACGCCUGCUUCAUUGUUUCCGGUUUCUGUUGGUUAUUCAGCUCCUUUGUCAUCAUAUUACCCACCACUUCCUGAAGAAAAGUCCAUACCGCGUUAUCAGCCCAAUUUACACUUGUCAUCUCGCUCUGCUGUAGAGGAAGUCCAUAUGCAUCGCUAUACUUCAUCAUCUAUACGCUCCGGAGGAAGUGAACAUCCUCUGUUAGAGGUACCUCCAGAGAAGUCAAAAGUCAUUGAUGCUAAACACAUACUAAAGCAUCCAUACCGAGCUACCCGUCCUGAUCAUCUUGUUGUAAUUCUUCGGGGGCUUCCAGGGAGUGGAAAGAGCUAUUUGGCAAAGAUGUUACGUGAUCUUGAGGUUGAAAACGGUGGCACUGCCCCUCGUAUUCACUCAAUGGAUGAUUACUUCAUGACUGAAGUUGACAAGGUGGAGGAGAGUGAGGUUUCGAGAUCUUCUGGUUCUAUCAGAGGCAAAAAGAUGGUGACAAAGAAGGUCAUGGAAUACUGCUAUGAACCUGAGAUGGAGGAGGCUUAUCGGUCAAGCAUGUUGAAGGCUUUCACAAAGACCCUAGGCGAGGGGGCUUUCUCCUUCGUAAUUGUGGAUGACCGCAAUCUGCGGGUAGCUGAUUUUGCUCAGUUUUGGGCAACCGCAAAGAGAUCUGGUUAUGAAGUGUACUUGCUAGAUGCGACUUAUAAGGACCCGGCGGGAUGUGCAGCAAGGAAUGUGCAUGGUUUCACGCGGGAUGACGUACAAAAGAUGGCUGGGAAAUGGGAGGAAGCUCCAUCCAUGUACUUGAAACUUGAUGUUAAGUCAUUACUUCAUGGAGAUGCUCUGGAGGAAGGUGGAAUCCAAGAGGUGGACAUGGACAUGGAAGAUGAUGAAUCAUUGGGAGUGCCUUCCACUUUAGAUGAAGAGAAUAUAGAGAAGUUUAAAGUACCUCCCCAAGAGGAUGUUCGGGUUGAUGGCGAUGUAAAGGAUGAUCAGGAUUCAGACCAUGAAGAGGACCACCGAAUAACUGAAGUAAAAGGAUUGGCAAAGAGUAAAUGGUCAUCUGAUUUAGAUGAAGAUGAUACUCAAAGAAACGGAGAUGCCGCUAAAAACUUAAAUGCUCUCUCUGGGUUGAUACAAUCUUACAGAAAGGAAGGAAAGUCAGUACGUUGGGGUGACCAGGUAACCAAAAGAGGCUUUUCAAUAGGGGCAGCAAAAGCAACCAAUGUAUCUUUAGUAAUUGGUCCUGGUGCAGGAUACAACUUGAAGUCAAACCCUUUGCCUGAAGGAGAGAAGUCGACAUCAACUCGGAAUAAUGGUGAACCGAAGAGGCAGAGCAUAUUUCAAGAGAGACUGCGAGCAGAGCGUGAGUCAUUUAGGGCUGUUUUCGAGUCUUUCAGAACUGGCUCUGACAAGAGGCGGCAGCGGAUAGUUGGGCUUAAUGCUGAAGAUGAAUAGUACAUCUGUAUAUAGGCUUAAAAUCACAUUUUGGCAAAAUUGUAUGUUCCCCUAAUCCUUGCCAUAGAGGGAGGAACCUGCCCCCUUUCUUCUGCUGGGGAGGGUUUAGCUAUUUCUGUUGUAAUCUAGUGUAAUUCAUGUGGCAAAAUAGGUAGUUGGUGGCCCUGAAUGGAAGGGCUAUGUCAUGGGUCCGUUGAGUCUGUACUACUGGAAAUUUUGCUAACGAACGUUAUCAAUGCAAAAGUUUGUUCAUUGAAAA